UGACUUCUCUAACGUUUUCGUCCAAAAUCAUGAAAUCUUCACAGCCAUUGCAGUAGCUCAGAGAGAAGAAUCAAUGUCUUCUUCUUCUUCUAUCUGGAAAUUCGACGUUUUCGUGAGUUUCAGAGGAGAAGAUGUGCGCAGGAACUUCGCGAGUCAUCUCUUUUGCGAGCUUGAUCGGAUGGGGAUCAACGCAUUCAGGGAGGAUUUUGAUCUGGAGAGAGGAAAGUCCAUUUCCCCGGAGCUUUUCGAUGCGAUCGGAGGCUCGAGAUUCGCGGUCGUCAUCGUCUCCGAGAACUACGCUACUUCUAAUUGGUGUUUGGACGAGCUUGUUAAGAUCAUGGAGUGUAGGGACUCGAUUGGGCAGAGGGUCGUGCCGAUUUUCUACGGGAUAAAUCCUUCCGACGUGAGAAGACAGACAGGGAGUGUCGGUGAGGCUAUGGAAAGGCACGGAGAUAAGGAGAAGGUGAGGAAUUGGAAGGAAGCUUUGACGAAACUGGCCGCCAUUUCUGGCGAGGAUUCUCGGAAUUGGAUGGAUGAGUCAAAGCUGAUCAGGAAGAUUGUUAGAGACAUUUCUGAUCAAUUAGUUUCCACUUCAUCGGAUGAUUCAGAUGGGUUGAUUGUAAAGAGUGCCGAAAUGGACCUUUUGCAGUCUAUGAUUUCUACCGAGCAUGAAGAGGUUCGCAUGAUAGGAAUUUGGGGAAUGGGUGGUGUUGGUAAAACUACCAUCGUUAGAUAUCUCUACAAUCAUCUAUCGUGUAGGUUUCAAGCUCACUGUUUCAUGGAAAAUGUCAAGGAAUUCUGUGAUAGAUAUGGGACCACGCGUCUGCAGGAGGAAUUCUUAUCCAAAAUGUUUGGAGAAACAGAUAAAGGAGCAUGGAGCUCGGUCCUGUUAUCCAACAUAAUAAAGGAGAGGUUUCGGCAUAAAACAGUUCUCAUUGUCCUUGAUGAUGUAGAUAAACAAGAACACCUACGCGCAUUGGUCAAGGAGGCUGAUUGGUUUGGUCCUCGAAGCAGAAUCAUUAUAACCACACGAGAUAAACACUUGCUAGAUUCUCACGGGGUCGAGCUUGUAUACAAGGUCAGGUGUUUAAUGAAAAAUGAAGCUCUGCAGCUCUUCUGUCACUAUGCUUUUCGGGGUAAAAUCAUUCCAAGUGGGUUCCACGAUCUCUCGGUUCGAGCUGUUAAGUAUGCUUCUGGUCUUCCACUCGCCCUCAGAGUUUUAGGUUCAUUCCUUUACCGCCGGAGCGAGAAAGAAUGGAAAAGCACGCUUGACAGGCUUGAAAUAGUGCCUCAUAGUGACGUCAUGGAAGUUUUGAGGGUUAGCUAUGACGGAUUGGAUGAGCAAGAGAAGGUUAUUUUUCUUGGUAUAUCGUGUUUCUUCAAUAUGAAGCAUGUUGAUUAUGUGAGCAAACUUCUCGAUAUUUGUGGGUAUGCUGCUGAAAUCGGUAUUGCAGUUUUGACCGAGAAGUCCUUGUUAGACAUAUCAAAUGGGUACAUAAAGAUGCAUGAUCUGGUGGAACAGAUGGGCAGAGAACUUGUCCGUCGACAAUCAAUUAAAAACCCUGGAGAACGCCUGUUUUUGUGGGAUCCUAAAGACAUCUCUGAUAUGCUGGUUGAAAAUUCCGGAACUCAACUGGUUGAAGCAGUCUCACUAAACAUGUCUGAAAUAACCGAUCUGUUUGCAAGUGAUCGAGCUUUUGAAGGGUUGUCUAAUCUUAAGAUUCUCAACUUUUAUUACUCUGCGCAUCAUGGAGACACAAAAGUGCAUUUACCUACAGGCCUCAGUUAUCUUCCUCGGAAGCUUCGUUAUCUCCGUUGGGAAGGAUAUCCUCUGAAGGCUCUGCCAUCAAGAUUUCAUCCCGAGUUCCUUGUUGAACUCUGUAUGCGCCAUAGUCAUCUCGAAAAACUUUGGACUGGGACACAGUCUCUUUUGAAUUUGAAAAAGAUGGACCUUUCAUGCUGUAAGUACCUUGUGGAAGUGCCAGAUCUCUCAAAAGCCACAAACCUGGAGGAAUUAAACCUUUCUUACUGCCAAAGCUUGGUUGAGGUUCCUCCGUCUAUCCAAAGUCUCCAGAGACUUUCUUCUCUAUACAUGACUAACUGUAGUCGACUCCAGCACAUUCCAAGCAGAGUUAUAUUAAAGUCACUUGAAAUAGUUGGGCUGAAUGGAUGCACCAGUCUUACACAUUUUCCAGAAGUUUCUCCAAAUGGUAGAAGACUCUAUCUCAACAGUACAAAGAUAAAAGAACUGCCAUUUUCCAUCUCCCGUCUAUCUUGUCUCAUUGAGUUGGAUAUGUCGGAUUGCAUGAGCCUCAGGACUCUUCCGAGCACUGUAAGGGACUUGGUAUCCCUUAAAUCCAUGAAUUUGCAAGGGUGCAAGCAUCUUGGAAAUCUCCCGAGGACAUUACAGGAACUCACGUCUCUCGAAACUCUAGAAGUCUCUGGUAGUCUUCAUAUCAAUGAGUUCCCACUUGUUGCCACGAGUAUAACAGCAAUACGUGUAACAGAGACAUCGAUUGAGGAAGUUCCUGGAUGGAUCUGUAAUCUCUCUAGACUUAGGUCUUUGGAUCUUCGGGAAAGCAAAAGGUUAAAACGUCUUCCAGUAAGCAUUUCUGAGCUACUGUCACUUGAAAGACUUAACCUUUCUGGCUGUUCUAUUCUUGAGAGUUUCCCUGCAGAAAUGUGCCGUACAAUGAGCUGCUUGAGGUGGUUUGACAUAGGUAGGACCGGCAUUACCGAAUUGCCUGAAGACAUCGGGAAUUUAACAGCUCUGGAGGUAUUUGAGGCAAGAAAAACCGAUGUAAGGCGAGCUCCACUGUCCAUCGCUCGAUUGACACGUCUUCAUGUCUUGUCCAUUGGGCAUAGUUGCUUUAACCCAUCCGGUCAGCCUUCUCUGUGUCCUCGUUUACCAAGGUUUGAGGAAUUAAGAGUGCUGCGUCUAAGCAACUUGAACAUGCUCGAGAUCCCUACAAGCAUUGGCAACUUGUGGAGCCUAUCAGAAUUAGAUUUGAGUGGGAACAAUUUCAAGAUGAUUCCUGCAAGCAUCAAAGGGCUAUCCUGUUUGCAUAGGCUUAACCUAAACAACUGCCAGAGACUCCGAGCAUUGCCUGAAUCACCCCGAUGUCUGUUGUAUAUCUAUGCACAUGGCUGCACUUCACUAGAGAGUAUUUCACAGUGCUUCAGACACUGUUUACACACCCUUGUGGUUAGCAACUGUUUCAAAUUGGAUCAAGAUGCUCAGCUGCUCAUUCGGCGGAACAUGGAACUCGACCCGGAGAAACCCAGAUUCGCUUACUUCCCCGGAAGAGAUGUGCCCUCCUGCUUCAACCACCGUGCAACAGGGCCUUCUCUGAAAAUCCACUUACCUCCAAUCAAUCAUGCUCUUGACAUUUUGGGAUUUUCGGCAUGUGUAAUGGUGGGAAUGGAUGUGGAUGGACAGUAUCCUAUGAAAGAUCUGGCAAUCCGAUGCCGUUGCCAUUUCAGAGGAGGAGGUGCUUACGACGAGGAACUGGUGGUUAUGGAUGAGCUUUGGUAUCCUAACCCAAAGGCUUUCAAAGGGAUGUCUGCUGAAACAGAUCACCUCCUUUUGUUCAGCAGAAGUUGCACAUCAUUACUACAAUCCUACAGUGAGGCAACAUUUGAAUUCUCCCUGGAGAACCUGAAAGGAGGUUCUAAAGUUAAACCACCCGGAAAGAUCAAGAAAUGUGCGGUUCACCUCACGUCUUUUGAAGAUAUGGUAAAAGGGGAAGAAGCUGCAGUCUUGCCCGAGCCCGAGCCAGAGCCACCUUGCAUCCUACAGGACAGGCUCGAUAUGGUUUCAUCGGGUUUGGAGCUCUCGGAAGCCAUGGGUCAGGGCUCGAACACAGACCAGAAAGAACCGGAACCCAAGAGGAUUAAACUUCAAGUGCCUUCGACACGGAGGCUAUAACAGUCACAGAUAAUGCUGCACCAAAUUAGGUCUACUCUGUAUACGGAUGUAUCAAUGAGCCUAUGUACCCAUAAUCAAUGAGGUUUCUCAAAAGUAAUUGUGGUGAUAAACACAAUACAAUUGCAUUGAGAAUACUAUAAAGUUAUGAAUCUCACUUCCUUUUUUUUUCUAA